GGAUAUUGAUUGCUUCGAGCAGUCCUCUCUAUCUCUCUGCCGGUCGACGCUGCCAGUUCCGCCGCCGGCCCUCUCGUCGCCUCCGCCGCAGUAAUCGACCGCCUUAGAGAGACAAAUAGGGGGAACCGCGGCCCAAGAUGGCGGAUUGGGCGUCGACACAUCGGCUUUGGGAGAAGUGGGCGUGCAACAACGUCGGUUCCUCAGGUGAACGACUGAAGGCGGCUUUGCUCCUCAACUACGACCCCAACGGCCCUUCUCGCCUCUUGUCCUUGAUAGCAGAACAGGAGGGAUCGAACUUAACAACCGUUGACUUGAACCCAUUCAUUGACUUUGUCAAGCGCAAUAAACUCCAGAAAGAGUUUUUCUUUAUCGGACCUAACCAAUAUUUAGUUACAUCAAUAUUCGAGAACUGGUUUUGUGCUAGGUGUGUGAAUACACUCAACCCUGGCGGCGAAGGUGCUAUAGUUAUGCAGAUAUCAUCACAAUUAUUGGUUGCAAUGUAUGAAGGAUCUAUUGGGUCUGCAUCUCGUGCCAUGGUAGCAGCCGAUCAAUUGUCAUGGCAAUUGAGUAGAAGAAAUCAUUGAAACCAAGCUCUGUCAGCAACUACGCGUGCAGAAUCCAGAGAUCUUCAUUUAACAAAGGGUUCGAGCGACCGAACUGGAGGUUUAGUCGACUGAUCUCCAAUGAUCCCUAAUGAUAUGAUAAGAUCAGAUUCAAAAUCAGGCUGAGGAAGGAAAUACUAGUUCAGUCGACUAAACACUUUUGGCAAGAGCAAAUUUGAUGAGAUCAUACCGAGAAGUAAAAGGAAAUUCAGAGGUUCGGUCAACUGAAUAGGGAGUCGGCCAACCGAUAAAUGAAGAUUUCAUGUAAGAUACGAUCUGGGUGGAUCGUGAACAUGGAUGUGAGGCCAGGCAGAUUAUAGAGUUCGGUAGACCGAAAAGAGGUUUGGUUGACCGGUUAAAAAUUUAUAAAAGAGCCUCGAGGUCAAAGGUUGUAUUAUCUACACUCAACUCUGAUCAAUCUCUCUGUGCUGCUCUACUCUGUUUGGGCAAGAGUUGACACGACAAAGCUUUAUGACAACCUACAUUCAAUUUCAUUAAGUUGUUAUCGGUAAUCAUUUUAUUACUUGCAUCUUUUAAAGUGAUAGUAGUGUGUUACU